AUUCGCCAGAAUCCCAGCCAGAGAAGGUCAUACAAUGGUGGAAGCGACUCGCGUAGAGACCAAGUCGUUAGACGAACAGAUCAGCCGCUUGCGGCGCGCGGAGAACCUGACGGAGAAUGAAGUCAUGGAUUUGUGCAAGAAAGCCAAGGAGAUCCUUAGCGCUGAGUCCAAUGUGCAGCCUGUGCGGUGCCCCGUGACCGUGUGCGGCGACAUCCACGGCCAGUUUUACGACUUGCUCGAGUUGUUUUGCAUUGGUGGGCAAUGCCCCGACACGAACUACCUCUUCAUGGGGGACUACGUUGAUCGAGGGUAUUACUCGCUGGAAAGCGUGUCCCUGCUCGUUGCCCUCAAGGUCCGCCACCGCGAACGCAUCACGAUUCUGCGCGGCAACCACGAAAGCCGUCAAAUCACGCAGGUGUACGGGUUCUACGACGAAUGCCUGCGCAAGUAUGGCAAUGCCAACGUCUGGAAGUACUUCACGGACCUGUUUGACUUUCUGCCGAUGACGGCGUUGAUCGAAAACCGCGUGUUUUGUAUGCACGGCGGGUUGUCUCCCAGCAUCGACACGUUGGACCACGCGCGUGCGCUAGAUCGCGUCCAAGAAGUGCCGCACGAAGGCCCGAUGUGCGACUUGGUGUGGAGCGACCCCGACGACCGCUGUGGAUGGGGCAUCUCCCCGCGCGGCGCCGGCUACACAUUCGGCCAAGACAUUACCGAGCAGUUCAAACGCAGCAACGGCCUCACGUUCAUUGCGCGUGCGCAUCAACUGGUCAUGGAAGGCUACCAAUGGACGCACAACCGCGGCGUGGUGACGAUCUUUAGUGCGCCCAACUACUGCUACCGCUGCGGCAACCAAGCCGCGCUGAUGGAGAUCGAUGAGGUGAUGGCCGACCGCGGCGGCGACAAGGUGUACGAUACGUGCAAGUUCAUCCAGUUCGACCCGGCCCCGCGGGACCACACGUUCAACGAAAAGAAGCGCACCCCCGAUUAUUUCCUCUAGGCCUGCCGCCCACGAAGAACGUAGAUGACCCUUUUCUAUUGCAUAUUAAAACACAUCUCUUGUUCCA